CUCCCAGGCCGCAGACCCCGCUCCCCACCGUUGGCUCCACCUCGGGACAUGCGGCUCUGCUCUGCCGGUGGCUCAGGCACCGUUUUCUUUUGGCUCAAGAUGAUUUGAUGUUUUAUAAAGAACUCACUCACCAUGAUGGCUACACAGACGUUGAGCAUAGACAGCUAUCAAGAUGGGCAACAAAUACAAGUAGUAACAGAGUUAAAAACGGAGCAAGACCCCACCUGCUCUGAACCAGAUGUGGAAGGAGUGAGCCCUCCCCCUGUGGGGUCCCAGACCCCGAUGGACGCAGACAAGCAGGCCAUUUAUAGGCAUCCACUAUUUCCAUUAUUAGCUUUGUUGUUUGAAAAAUGUGAACAGUCUACACAGGGCUCGGAAGGCACCACUUCUGCCAGUUUUGACGUGGACAUUGAGAGCUUCGUGAGGAGGCAAGAGAAGGAAGGAAAGCCCUUCUUUUGUGAAGAUCCAGAAACUGACAAUUUAAUGGUAAAAGCAAUCCAGGUUCUGCGUAUUCAUCUUCUUGAGCUGGAAAAGGUUAAUGAACUCUGCAAAGAUUUCUGCAGUCGCUAUAUUGCUUGUCUAAAAACGAAAAUGAACAGUGAAACUCUCCUGAGUGGGGAACCUGGCAGCCCGUACUCCCCUGUCCAGUCCCAGCAGAUUCAAAGUGCCAUCACAGGCACUCUCAGCCCCCAAGGAAUCGUGGUGCCAGCAUCCGCUCUGCAACAGGGGAACGUCACCAUGGCAACAGUGGCAGGGGGCACAGUCUAUCAGCCGGUCACCGUCGUCACUCCCCAAGGCCAGGUAGUGACACAGGCGCUGUCGCCCGGCACGAUCCGGAUCCAGAACUCCCAGCUUCAGUUACAGUUAAACCAGGAUCUCAGCAUCUUGCAUCAAGAUGACGGCUCAUCUAAGAACAAGAGGGGGGUCCUGCCGAAGCACGCCACCAAUGUGAUGAGGUCCUGGCUCUUCCAGCACAUCGGGCAUCCCUACCCGACAGAAGAUGAGAAGAAACAGAUUGCUGCUCAGACAAAUUUGACACUACUCCAGGUUAACAACUGGUUCAUCAAUGCAAGAAGACGAAUCCUGCAGCCGAUGUUGGAUUCUAGUUGCUCAGAAACUCCAAAAACAAAGAAGAAAACUGCUCAGAACAGACCCGUCCAGAGGUUUUGGCCCGAUUCCAUCGCCUCAGGAGCCGCACAGCCAGCCACCAGCGAGCUGACCGUGUCCGAAGGAGCCGUCGUGACCAUCACCGCGCCCGUGGGCAUGAACGUGGACAGCCUGCAGUCCCUGUCGUCGGACGGGGCCACGCUGGCGGUACAGCAGGUGAUGAUGGCCGAGCAGAGCGAGGACGACUCGGUGGACAGCACGGGGGACGGCGGGGCGGCGCUGGCGCCCGGCCACCUGGGCGGGCUGGUGCUGGAGAACAGCGACUCCCUGCAGUAGGGCCGCCCGCCCCGCGUUUUAUAGUUGGCACAGCAAACAUUUUACACAGUUUUAUUUCUAAUAUGUUUUAUAUGUAGGCAUAGAAGAGUGCACUUUUGUAUUUCCUAGUAAGCUUCCAGGGCGUCUUUGCUGGUGCAGCGACUUCUUUCAAGGUGUGUGUGUGCGUGUGUGUGCGUGUGUGUGUGUUUUUAAGGAAAUCCUUUCAAGGUUUAACGCUAAAAGUAUGCUGAAUGACAGAUCCCCUCCCCCGCCCCCUGAACCCCUGACUAGAUUAAGGAAUAGUGCUGCCGUUUUCUAAACACUUAUGCAGUUUUAAUUUAGCUCUGUGGUGAAAGCAGGUCUCAGUGGGCUGGUUUAUUUUUGGAGCCCGUGGAUUAGGAAGAAGCUUCUGGCCCUGAAAACUGCCAGCGAGAGGCGGAUGGCAGCACACAGCAGUAAACCGCGUGCGACCUG